AAUUCCAAUUGUGAAACAUUACACAGAGAGAGAGCUUUAAGUCGAUGGCUGCUCUCGUCUUUUUAUUGCUUCUGUACUCUUCAAAAAAUAGCUAUGCCUUUCAGGAAAAAAUGAGUACCCUGGAAACUGAGCUUCUUCGUCAUAGUCAUGUUUCUCAGAUAAGUUCCCUGCUGCCAUCAACUGUAUGCAACUCAUCCACCAAAGUUAUGAACAGAAAGUCAUCACUCGAAGUAGUACACAAGCAUGGCCCGUGCUUUCAGUCGAGCCAGGACAGAGCAAAGGUUCCCUCUCACGCUGAAAUUCUGAGUCAAGACCAGUCCAGGGUAGAUUCAAUCCACUCCAGGCUUUCCAUGAAUUCCAUGGAGGAGAUGGAUGUUGUUACACUUCCAACCAAGAAAGGAAUCUCGGUCGGCACAGGCAACUACCUUGUCACUGUGAGCUUUGGCACGCCAGGGAAAAAAUAUGCUCUCAUAUUUGACACCGGUAGUCACUUCACUUGGACCCAGUGUGAGCCAUGCGCAGGGUUUUGCCAUGACCAAGUCGAACCAAUAUUCGACCCUUCAAAAUCAAGGUCAUAUGCCAACAUUUCCUGUCGCGCAGCAACAUGCAAUCAGAUUUCUGCAGAAGGUAUGCAGCAGGAUUGUUCUUCCUCGACAUGUGUGUACGGUAUCUCUUAUGGUGACUCGUCGUCUUCAGCAGGCUUUUUGGCCAAAGAAAAGUUAAGAAUUUCGCGGUCAGAUGUGUUCCCAGGCUACUUAUUUGGUUGCGGCCAACAGAACCAAUUUCUAAGAGGGAACCGUGUAUCUGGGCUCAUAGGGCUUGGGCGAGGCAAGUUUUCCUUUGUAACACAAACUGCCAGGAAAUAUAAAAAAAUCUUUUCCCACUGUUUACCAUCAGAUGAUAGCUUAACGGGGUACCUUACCUUUGGUGGAACCAAACUCCCAAAGACCAUCAAGUUCACACCAAUGUCAAAAUCAUUCCGGAAUACACCAUUUUACGGCCUUGACAUCAUCGGAAUAAACGUCGGCGGCCAAAGGGUACCCAUCAAAAGCUCAGUUUUCACCACUGCUGGUGCGAUUAUUGACUCUGGAACUGUAAUCACUCGCCUCCCUCCUACAGCAUAUUCUCAACUCAAAUCGUCGUUUCAGAAAUAUAUGACCAGCUAUCCAAGGGCACCCGCGCUCUCAAUCCUUGACACGUGCUAUGACUUUAGCGGUUCUGAUGUUAUUAUAACGCCUACGAUCAGCAUAGUCUUCAAUGGCGGUGUUGAGGUGGAUAUCGACUUCAGCGGGAUUUUCUACAUUAGAAAAGUAUCGCAAGCGUGUCUGGCCUUCGCCGCAAACAAGGAUGCUAGGGAUGUGGCCAUUUUUGGAAAUGUUCAGCAGAAGACAUAUGAGGUGGUCUAUGAUGAUGUUAAAGGAAGGGUUGGGUUUGCACCCCGUGGUUGUAACUAAGAUAAGCAACCAGGGGAGCUAGGAAGACAAUCUUCGUUUAUCAUGGCAUUAUUGUGAUAAUGCAGAGUCGUUUAAUAAGUCUUACUAAAUAAAAUAAGAACGUUUAAACUUGCAAAGCAAGAUUGCAAUAGAUU